AUGUUCGCAACACUUGUCCGACGCGCGGCCGCGGACUCACUGCCUGCCAGGCUGAGGACCGCGGCGAGGCCGCCGCCCCCGGGCGUCUACAACAGUCGCUUCAAGCCGCGGAAGAUCUGGCCGCCCGACUUCUCCAAGCUGUCGCAGAAGGAGCAGUUCCGGUUCGAGAAGAAGUACAAGCGCAGGGUGAAGCUGGCCACUGCGCGCCCGCGCUGGGACAGGCUCGUCAAGAUGGCCCAGCUGUUCAGCGUCACCAGCGUUCUGAUAUACAGCGUGCUGUUCAUGGACUGGAACACGGAACACCAGCCCUUCCAAGGACUACGAGAUAGGUUCUGGGGCGCCGUGGAAUCCUUCUCCCCUGACAAACGAUACGAUCGUCGCAAGACAGAAUAA